AUGCGAGGCCAGUCUGGCUGGAGUCUGAGCCCUCAGACCUUCCGAGUGUCUGGUGCCAUACUCGCAGAACGUAUGGAGAAAGCCUGUUUUGUCAUUUCCUACAAGCUGCUGCGGGCGCCCCGCUUCAGCAGCAGGCUUGGACCGGACGACCUCCAGCGGCCGCCCCGGCUCCCCACCGCCCUGCGCCUGCGCCGCUGGCCGAGGCGGGGCCGGGCCCUGCGCAGCCGUUUGGCGGCAGCCGGAUUCAAACGGUGUGGGCGCGGGAGUGUGGCAGCCCUGGAGGGCAAGGCUCCGCUUUCCCGCAUCCCUGUUCCCAGCGUGGGACACCGCGCCGGGAUCCGCUCAGGAGCGCUGGUGGACAGCAAGUUCACCAUGAGCGGCCAGGGUGCUCCUGUGGCCGAGAAGGGCAACAGGCUCCGGGGGGCACGGAGAAGAGUGUGGCCAGCAGGUCCUCCUCCCCCGCUGCUCUGCCGAGGCCACGACCGGGCCUGGGUCCAGCUUGAGGGACAGGGAACUCCUGGGGAGAGUCCAGUGGAGGCUCUGAGGAUGCUGAGCGGCCUGGGGAAUCUCUUGUGUUAUGCUGCUCACUUGCUGACUGUGGUGUUUUCCCUGUUGUCUUUUUUUCUUGCAGAAAUGCAAACAGAUUUUUCUUCAAAGAAACCAUGUGGCAGCAAAGCAGCAGAGAUGGAGUUCAGCAAAGAUCCCAAUUUCAGCUCAGGUGUUUCAGUGGAAGGUGCCUCAAAAGCUACAAAGCAAGGGUUGCCUAAAUCUGGCAAGAAAGUGGAGCCACCUUCAAAGAUGACAGCUGCAAGAGGACUUCCCAGAAGAUACAAUCUACAAGGAGGGCUGCAGAUGAAGGUGCUGGAAACAGAAAAUCAGCAGCUACGCUCCAAACUGACAGAAGCAGGGGGUACUAUAAAGGAUUUGAAGGAGGAGAAGGGAUUGAUGAUGGUAGAAAUUGAGAAACUCAAGAAGUCUCAGGAGAUCUGCAUGACGAUCCUAGCAAGAAGAAACAUCGACCCUGUUACAGGCAGCAAGAUUUUGGAAGAAGACGAGAAGGCCCAAGAAAACCAGAAGCAUGUACAGAAGCUUGUGGAAGAACUGAAGCAGUUUAAUCAAGCAGCUGCAGAAGAAAGGGAGGCACUUCAGGCAUGGAUGGCCAAGUGUCAGGCAGCCAGAGCAGAGAUGCAGCAGCAGGCCGUGGAGAGGCGUGCCUUGCAUCAGGCACAAAUGAGGGAGUGCACGGCAAUCCUCGAGGAGAUUGAGCAGCUCCUGGACAUGUGAGCUGGAGGCUGGACUGUACUCUCUGCGUUUUGAUGGUUUGUUCCAUGUUGAGGGGUCUCUCUACUUCUCAAACCUACAUCUUACUUGGUGGCCUUAACCAGUGGGAGGGUGUGUUGCUGGAGUUAGAGCAGCAUGG